AUGGCACUGGACCUCGACAGACUUCAGCUUUUGCAAUUUCCGCUUCUGCAGCAGGAGCAGCACGAUGUACCCGCUCAGCCAGAUAAUUCGGUUCCAAGGACUAUAGCGAGCUUCGACUCAGCCAAGGAACAAGACGUCCACGAUGGCCCCGUCGAGCCUGCCGUGAAAAGAACCGUCUCUAAUGCCAGCGUCUCCGCUAGGAACGAGUCAUCAGUCAAAGAAAACUUCGCUACUGGCAAGGAUAUUCUGCGCCGUGUUACACUGCGUCCGUCCAACAAAUCCAAGUCCUCGAACCGCCAGACCCCAUCUCGUGAAACUCCUAAACCCACUGACUCAACUUCUGCAUCAGACGACACCACACUGAAGGAAAGGUCAGGGAAUCUAGGAGCUGCUCCUGACAACAAAGAAAAACCUGUCCAAAAUGCCAUGACUCCAGAAACUAGCGUGAGACCUGCCGUGAGACCGAAGAAGGCUCGAUCCGUAUCUGGAAAGAUUGCCACACUGGCUCGUGUUUCGUGGAUGUCAAGUUCUCGAUCGCCUUCGCCAGCCCGGCCCGGCUCAAGUUCAGGGACAGCUCGCUCCCGAGAGCACUCUCCAACCCCCAAAAGUCACGUAUCCACAAACGGCGUGUCGUCGAAUACCGAGAGCAAAGAAGACAAAGAACCCCCGACAGAUCCGAGUGAGGACAUUGACAACAAGAAGAAUGCUUCGAGUAAAAAAUAUCGCCGUCCGCUGAGCACUUUCGUAACUCGAAGCAAGUCCGCUGAGCCUCCACCAUCGUUACGCAGCAGGAAGUCUAUGGACCAAUUGGCACAGAAUGACAUAUCGACGCCCGAGUUACCGCCACUUCCAAAGCCCCCAGCUUUGUCUACGAUUGCCACCGUGGAGCCUUCUCGAAAGAAGGAUGAACUUUGGACAGUUUUCAGAGGCCUUGAGGCGGAUCUCCAUAAGUUCCAGGCCAAGUCAACCAAUCUCAAAGUCACCGUGGUCCGAUCGUCACUACUCCCUUUCCUCGCUCGAUAUGCAUCACAUCCAUCAUUUAAUACCCUUAGGCCCGAAGACCUUGACCGGCGGGUGAACAUUUUGAAUAAAUGGUGGACUGCCUUAUUGACAUUAUUAAACGGCAAACACAGCCAGCCCGUAUCUGGUACGGACAGACCAGUCUUUUUGGAAGCGAUCUCAGGUAUAAUGAUGCGGAAGGAAUGGAGGAUUCCUUAUCACCCACAGGCAUUCUCUGCUCAUAGCUCCAAUUCCUCCCUAGAGUCGGGCUCCUCGGAUUUUCUCGCGGAAUCGAUUUACCAUAACGUACGGAACAUUUUCAAUCAAAAUUUGCUCUCACAGAUGUCGUUUGUCGUGGAGAGAAUGUCUCUGCGGCAUGCACCAGCUAGUAUUGUGGUGUUCUGUGGAACUGCAUGUGCCUAUGCGUUCUACUUCUGUCCUGGUGUUGCUGACAUGUUGUGCAAAUACCAUGGCAUGGCCCUUGGAUAUCGCGCUGGUGUGGACGGGAUAGUGAUCUGUUCUUUGUCUUCGUCAAAUACUUCCAUAUUCUUAGUUGCGACUUUCUACCCAGAGAGACAGAAAAUCCGUGCCACAUAUUUGCACCUGGCUCCCGACACUUCUUUCGGGGCAAGCUCAGUAACGUUUGACGAUUUUAUUGAAGGACCCAAUGCUGCAAUGUCGACUUUAUCAUUAGGCAUGGCAAAUUGUCAUCGUUCCAUGGCGGAAAACCGGUUAAUCAUACUUUUGAAAGACUUCCUUUCCGAACCAUCACCUGAGCUCGCCCAAGCACGUAGAAUCCAUUGGAAUCCCAUGGUCCGAUCCUAUUUUCAUCGUCUGCUUUGCUGGAGGUUGGCUCGUUUCAAUGCAGAUCCUACACCUGCUGAUUCGGAAAUAUACGAAAUGCUUUUGGACAAGAUCGAACAAGUAUGGGCUUACUAUCUGGCCUUCAACUCCAAGGCUGAAAAGGAGAAUCGGGCGCUAUUAUCGUCAGAGAUGUGUAGCCCUGCUCCUGGUCGACGGAUCCUGAUCAUCCGCUCUGACAAUCAGCAUCCCUCUCCAAGUAACCUUUUCGCCUCGUUUGACAGACUCGUUAAUCCAGCAUCGACGUUUAAUUCGGGGGGUUAUCAAAGCCAUGUUAUACUAAAGCUUGAUCCUAAUGGAUUGCCUGACGCUCAGUCAGCACCCAAAAGAAGGUGGAAUUUGUUGAAGAGCGUGUUUGGAGGGACAGCAAACCCGAAACCUGGAGAAGUCACGCCGCCCGGAAGCGUCUCUGAUGAGAAUGAAGUCAAUCCUAUUGACAGCUUGAUGGGCGAGCAAGGCGAUAUCGCACAGUCGGACAAUCACCCUAGUACCAGUUCACAGGAUACCGGCAACCAGACAGAUGAAGAGGAUACCAACAGCAUAGACGAAGCUGACCACGCAGCAAACCAGCCGUACAAUUUCAAGUUUUCUUUGGAAAACCAUCAAUGGAAUCAAGCUCUCAAAAACAGGCCCCUAACUCAACCGAGUCUUCCGAAACAGACUUUUCACCAUGUCCAGCACCAGCGAUCAGUCAAGGCGCUGACAAGCCCAGCAACGGAAGAUGAAUUUGUGAAUGAACCACGGGACAACACAGACGCAUCAACGGCUAGCACAACCAAUUCUUAUGCUACAACGAAAGGGUCAGGUCCGUCGGUUGACGAAAUAGACUAUUUCGACAACGGGAAUAAGUUAUCGGUGCGAAAUGAGCGUCUGGUGGCUAGUAAAUAUGCUGGCCGCGCUCUUGCGGAAUGGGCCCAGGUGGUCUGCGAAUUUGACAACUUCUUCGAGCGCAGACGCAGUGAAGGCGUCCCCAGUGACGAGCUCGUCGAAACGCCUUCGUUGAGUGUAGACAAUUUCAGAAAGUGA